AUGAGCAGAUCAUUGCGUUGCAAAACGUUGAACAUUAUUCUUACCCUGAAAAGGUCGACCGCUCGGUUACAACCGAGGAAAUUCACGAAAGGCCAGUGGGAAAAAUACCAAGGUACCAAGGGGUAGAGUGAUAUUUGGCGGAGAGGGUGUUGUUUAUAUUGGACUGUACAACUGGAUGCAUCGCCACAUCUGGAUGCAGACUGCGAAAGCCAAAGACACGACUUUAACCGAGAGGAAGAAGUGACAAGAUACGGAUAUUUUCUGGGGUCGCAUAGUGUAGUUAAAACCUCAAUUAGUUGAGAAGAGUAGUGUUUAAGAAGUGGAAUUGCAAUUUAAUAUUUUUUUACAUUUUUUUUUUUUUGAGAUUCUCUGACACUUGGCGACUAUUCGUAGCUCGUAUAUAAUCUGUACAAGAUAUUCCUCUUGAACAGCCGUUUCCCCAAAUGAUGAACAGCUAUUUCAGGAAUCGUUAGAGGACUGAAGCCGGCAGAAAACGUUCAGAACAUCUGGGACCAGCAGGGAAAUAACAUGAACUGACGGGGAAUAGGAUUUUUAUUUUUUGUUUUUCAAUUAUUUCAUGAACACUUUGUGAAGACGGAGGAAAAAAUAAAAAAAUAAAAAAAAUCCCAAGAAAACGGGAAACCAUUCUGUGCACAGUCUUCGCUGGUUAGUGAAGAUUUUUAGGAGCCAUGGGGAGGAAAAAGAUUCAGAUUCAAAGAAUCACAGAUGAACGGAACAGACAGGUCACGUUCACAAAGCGUAAGUUCGGCUUGAUGAAGAAGGCUUACGAGCUAAGCGUCCUGUGCGACUGUGAAAUCGCCCUUAUCAUCUUCAACCACUCGAACAAGUUGUUUCAGUAUGCCAGCACAGACAUGGACAAGGUGCUGCUGAAAUACACAGAGUAUAACGAGCCCCAUGAAAGUAGGACAAACGCAGACAUUAUAGAGACGUUAAGAAAGAAAGGUUUUAACGGGUGUGACAGCCCUGAACCGGAUGGGGAUGACUCCAUUGACCAGAGCCCUCUCAUGGAAGACAAAUACCGCAAAGCCAGCGAGGACCUGGACAUUUUAUUCAAACGUUACGGUUCUGCAGUGCCAGCCCCAAAUUUUGCCAUGCCAGUUACUGUACCGGUGACCAAUCAGAACGCAUUGCAGUUCAGUAACCCCGGAGGAUCGCUGGUAACGCAGUCCUUGAUGACAGCUUCUCUGGCAGACCCUCGACUCUUAUCUCCGCAGCAGCCAGCCUUACAAAGGAACACGGUAUCUCCAGGGCUACCUCAGAGGCCAGCCAGCGCAGGAGCCAUGCUGGGAGGAGACCUGAAUAAUUCGAAUGGAACUUGCCCAAGUCCAGUAGGGAAUGGCUACAUCAGUGCUCGGGCCUCUCCAGGCCUCAUACCAGUCUCCAACGGGAACAGCAUGGGCAAAGUCAUACAAGCCAAGUCUCCGCCACCUCCGUCCCAAAACAACCAGCUCGGAGCCAACAGCCGCAAGCCAGACCUCCGUGUCAUCACCACGCAGGGCAACAAAGGGUUAAUGCACCACAUGACGGAGGAACAGUUGGAGAUGAGUGCACAGCGGUUAGGGGUAUCCCAGGCGGCCCACUCCCUAACCACACCGGUCGUUUCAGUGGCAACUCCAAGUUUACUGUCACAUCACGGGCUACCUUUCUCUGCCAUGUCUACAGCGUACAACACAGAUUACCAGCUGACCAGCGCAGACCUAUCGUCACUCACCACAUUCAGUUCCCCCAGCGGGUUAUCACUAGGCAACAUGUCCGCCUGGCAACAACAACCGCAACAUCACCAACAGCAGCAACUAGUCCCGGUGUCACUAAGCAACUUGGUGUCAAGUGGGCAUCUGUCACACACUGCCACACUGACUGUCAACACCAAUCAAAAUAUCAGCAUCAAAAAGGAACCACCUUCUCCAAACAGAGAACGCAGCACAGGCACCCCUCUGACCUCUUAUUCUCACCAGAGCAGACAUGAAGUCACUGGUCGAUCUCCUGUGGACAGCCUCAGCAGCAACGCCAGUUCCUUUGAGGGCAAUGAUCGAGAGGACGGGCGGGGUGAUUACUCGUCCCUCGGGCUGCUGAGACCCACGGGGGACGGAGAUGGUGAAAGCCCAUCCGUAAAACGCAUGCGACUUGACGCAUGGGUAACAUAACUGCCCUUUGCUUCGACACUUUUUCUCUUGCUGUCCACAGAUGGACCGAGUUAAAGGGUGGGAGGGGGGGUGAGGGAUGGAGUAGUCAUCAUUGGGUUUAAAUGCUGUAGGGUGGGAACCUAUCAUAAACUGCCUGAGAUAUAGCUUUAGUAUUCGGUAGGCAUUCUUCAUAGUCCAGUGCUUCAGGCAAUGUCUGCAGAAGGCCAGGCACUCCAUGGCUGCCAUAAGACUUUCUAUUCAGUAUGACUGCACUUUUAUGACCUACCGAAAUGGAGGGUUAACUUUUGUCGGGGGGUCACUCAACUACAGCUGCUAAAACUGCCCCAUCACACUGACAUUACCACCCUCAACCCACUCUUAUUGCAUUUGCCUACUCCAAGAGUAAUUAUAGCCAGAUGGGUAACGUGUGGGUCCACAUGAGAAAAACUGGCGAUUCAACAUACAACUCAGAAUAUUUCAUUAUAGAUAAAACCUACAACAUGCCCAACCACUGCCCUGUAAGAGAUAUAUUAUGAGCUCAGUGUUUCCCUAUGUACUAUGCCCUAACAGGGGUGGGUCCACCAAGUCACCAGGACAUUAUAUAUCUUUUCACUAUUAGUCGCAGGCAGAGCCUGACAUCUUUUCUAUUUUUUGUAUAUGGCCAGGUGUUUCCACUCAGUCAGAAUACACCGUCCAGUACGCCCAAAGGGUACCACAAUAACAGAAACGUAUUUAGCUUAUUCACAGCAAGCAUAUCAGCCCGGGUUACACAUGGACACAAACCAUCUCUACAGCCAUGGAGUCCGACAACAUGCAGACAUUGCCUAUUACAAAGAAAACAAACAAAAAAAAAAGAAAUAUAUAUAAUAUAUACAUAUAUAUUUAUUCUUUUAAAUGCGGUAUUCUUAUUUUGGAGGAAAUGCACGCUAUGAUUUCACUUACUGAAGGAAGCACAUUUUGGUUCAAUAUAAGUUUGGGCAGCAGCCCUCUAAAGAACUGAAGGCGUUCAGGUAUCAAUAUCACAGCUAUUUCCCGUCACCGUUUAGUAAGUGAAAUCAUGUCUGGAAAACAAAAUCUCCUCGUAUUUUAAACCCUCUCAGUGCCGAAGGGUAGUGCAUAUUUCUUUGGACUGGAGGGCUUAGAAUCGAAGGAUGUUAGGUUUUAUUUUUCCUAGUGACCCUGUCUGUCAAGAUGGUCUACUUGCUGUAGAAUGAACGCACCCCAUCUGUCUGUUCUCUUGGGCCAUCCUCACAUUUUGCUGCAAUUUUAAUUUAUUGGCCAUCCAUCAAACACCAUGUAACCUUACCAGUCCCUGUGAGAGGCAGGUUCUACACACACCACCUUACCAAGCCACAACCAGAAUUGCAAGGUACCUUCUUUGGCCAAAUGUAAGUGUCACCGCUACCCCUUGUGGUCAUGCAUCCACAAUCAGACACCGUUCUUUGUAAGAAGCAGUGUUUGACUUCUACUGUGUGCUGGUCAUCCUGCAAAUAUAUACAGCUUCAAUUUCAUGCUGGACCCAAAAUGCAACACUUUGUAAGCUCCUGUAAUAGCGGACAUUAAACUAAGUUAAAAUGUACCUCGACGGGAUUUGCCAAACUCAAAACAGAGUUUGUACAGUUUUGUUUUAAAGAAAAGCAAUUGUAUGACAGCUGAAGGAGGGGAAAAAAGUGUAUUUAAAACCAAAACGCCCAACAUCACAAUUCUAAUUUAAAUUUAUAGUGACACAGUAAUGUCCAGAGCGUAAUACAAUGAGUUAUUUUAUUCUAUUCUAAAAGGAACAAUGUUACACUAGCAUUUGCCCAAAGCUACUCCAUAGUGUUUUGUGCCCAAAUGACUUUCUAUAAUACCUCCACCACCUGCUGUAUAGGUGAAUUCCAUCGAGCAGUAGUUUCUGAAAAGAUGGAUUUUGUGCUGUGUAUAUUAAAACACAAAUGUUGGCUCAUACACAUCAAUGUCACACACACAAUGUGAGGUUACCGAAACCCGGCAACGGUUAUUGUAUCAUACACUGCGUCCUAUUAAUGACCACAGCACAACAGUCACUGCUUGUCACAUAUUCUUAUAAGAGCAGCUAUCACUCACGUGAUUUAGCGAUCCUUAAAGGGCAUUAAAAAUGACUUCACCUGGAAUCACUAUUUGAGCACAAUGUUGGAAGCAAAUUGGUUAUUCGAAUAUAAUUGAAAACACAAACCCCACACUUGUCAUAGGCGAGACCUGCUAACAUAUAAAAAAAAAAGCUGGCCAUGUGCCCGUGCAUUUGGCACUUAAACGGUUACUCACUCAGGAACCAGGAGGAGCUAGAUCACUCACUAAUUAGUCCUAUUAAUGAAUGUAUUAAAACCGCAGCAAAAUGGUGGUCAGUAUGAUUAAUGAAACCCAAGUAAGAACGACAGUGAUGGAAUGAGGCAAGUUGGCCGUUGAGACAUUGUUAUGGGCAUUGGUGAAACCUCACGGGCCUUUGGCAAUGACAUUAGGUUCUUUGAGAACCGUUUGUUUUAAUACUUGUUUUUCUCACACAAAUGUAAAAAUUAAUCCAUGAAACUCAUAUUAAUUUUCAAGAUGAGAAAAAAAAAAAAGACAAUCGUUAAAAAGAAAAAAAAAUGCGCGCGAGAGAGAGAGGGAUAUAAUUCCCACACCCUGUUUUUAUCUGUAAAAAUAUUUGUUUCUGAUUUUUAAUAUUAUUUCUUGUGCUCAUUUGUGCUGUUGACAGUUACAUUGUGAAUAUUUUUUUAUAUUCGUAAAUUUGCGUUCUGUAGAGUAGUUUAUUAUUGUUCAUUUUUUUGUUUUGUUUUUUUGUUUUAUGUUUUAUUUUAUUUUUUCUUCCUGUUUUUGGUUUUCCCUCAUUUUAUUAAGGGGUGUGGCAGAAACUUGCACGAGACACACACACACACACACACACACACACAGACACACAAAAUUUACAAGUUAAAUGCUGCAGUUUUUAGAAGAGUGGAGAAAAUUAAAAAAGAAAAAAGGAGCAUAUUUAUUCUCAAAGGCUAAAAAAAAAAAAAUGUGUAAGAUGCAUGAAGUAAUAUUUACAAAAAAAACACCAAAAAAUAAAAAAAAAAGUCAAAAAGAUGUAACCUCAACAAAAGUGUAGCGUUUAAAAUUUAAACAAAAAUAGCUAAUAUAUUGUGUUUGGCUCGUUCGCUUUUUGUUUCAAAUGUUUUUUUUUUUUUUCAGAUUUUUUUUUUUGACUAUGAAAUACAUUUGUGUAUAUUUUCAUAUAAGAAGUAUGCACUGAUAUGUUUUAAAAAAUGAUAUAUAUAUUGCUUUUUAAAAGUGUGGUUACUUACCAAAGUCUCUGUCUAUGCUUUCCCUUUUGAAAUGUUAAUGGUACCCUGACCAUUGGGUCUUACGCAUCAACAAGCUUGGUGCCAGACAUUGUCAAACUGUGCAUAUCCCCCUGUCAACAAAUGGUUCAAUCUACCAUAAGCUCUCCAUCUGUCUUUCAGCCAUUCAUUUCAUUGCCAUUUAAGGCAUUUACACAUGCACAUCGGGGGUUGAGGGGUUUGGAGAAACUACAAAGAUAUUUGGAGAGACGCAUUGUGUUUUUGCCAACUGACAGACACAAUAGCUAAAUUUCAUUAUAUUUGUAUAUUAAAUGUGUUGCCAUAAUCUGAUCACAAGGUGGCAGCACUACAAGCAUAACGCAGUUCUUAGAAGGUCUCUCUGACCAUUCUCACUUUUACACAUCUUGCUCGACUACAUUGAAAGUGAUGUGACUACGUUGUAACUAUAGCAUGGUGCUUAAAAGAUGGUAAAUGGUACAACACUCUAAAAUGGCAUUAGGCGCCUCAGGCUGCUGAAUUGGCACCCAAAAAGGAAGGUAAUUGAUGGCAUGAUGAUUUCAGUAUGCAAAUAAACUGCCACUGGGUAUUCUGUAGAUACGAUAA